CCUGUUUGUGUUCAGACGCACAGGGAAAUCCGUCUCACUAGUUGAGAACAGUAACAAGAGAAACAGAUAAAUACAUGCUGUCUCCGGUAUGGACUUUAAGAACAGCCGAUAUGGAAGGUAGGGUUAGGGUUAGGGUUAACCCUACAUGCUGUCUCCGGUAUGGACUUUAAGAACAGCCGAUAUGGAAGGUAGGGUUAGGGUUAACCCUACAUGCUGUCUCCGGUAUGGACUUUAAGAACAGCCGAUAUGGAAGGUAGGGUUAGGGUUAGGGUUAACCCUACAUGCUGUCUCCGGUAUGGACUUUAAGAAUAGCCGAUAUGGAAGGUAGGGUUAGGGUUAACCCUACAUGCUGUCUCCGGUAUGGACUUUAAGAACAGCCGAUAUGGAAGGUAGGGUUAGGGUUAGGGUUAACCCUACAUGCUGUCUCCGGUAUGGACUUUAAGAACAGCCGAUAUGGAAGGUAGGGUUAGGGUUAACACUACAUGCUGUCUCCGGUAUGGACUUUAAGAACAGCCGAUAUGGAAGGUAGGGUUAGGGUUAACACUACAUGCUGUCUCCGGUAUGGACUUUAAGAACAGCCGAUAUGGAAGGUAGGGUUAGGGUUAGGGUUAACCCUACAUGCUGUCUCCGGUAUGGACUUUAAGAACAGCCGAUAUGGAAGGUAGGGUUAGGGUUAGGGUUAACCCUACAUGCUGUCUCCGGUAUGGACUUUAAGAACAGCCGAUAUGGAAGGUAGGGUUAGGGUUAACCCUACAUGCUGUCUCCGGUAUGGACUUUAAGAACAGCCGAUAUGGAAGGUAGGGUUAGGGUUAGGGUUAACCCUACAUGCUGUCUCCGGUAUGGACUUUAAGAACAGCCGAUAUGGAAGGUAGGGUUAGGGUUAGGGUUAACCCUACAUGCUGUCUCCGGUAUGGACUUUAAGAACAGCCGAUAUGGAAGGUAGGGUUAGGGUUAGGGUUAACCCUACAUGCUGUCUCCGGUAUGGACUUUAAGAAUAGCCGAUAUGGAAGGUAGGGUUAGGGUUAGGGUUAACCCUACAUGCUGUCUCCGGUAUGGACUUUAAGAACAGCCGAUAUGGAAGGUAGGGUUAGGGUUAACCCUACAUGCUGUCUCCGGUAUGGACUUUAAGAACAGCCGAUAUGGAAGGUAGGGUUAGGGUUAGGGUUAACCCUACAUGCUGUCUCCGGUAUGGACUUUAAGAACAGCCGAUAUGGAAGGUAGGGUUAGGGUUAGGGUUAACCCUACAUGCUGUCUCCGGUAUGGACUUUAAGAACAGCCGAUAUGGAAGGUUCAUGAAUGGCAGAGUUCCAUCCAGUAGGAGAUACGAGCCUACAGACUACGAACACGCUGCCAACUGUGCCACACAUGGACUCUGGAUCAUCCCCAGCCUGGUGGGCGGGUCUGUACUCUACUUCCUGUCUGUGGACCAAUGGCAGGCUGCUGCUGCCUGGUUGUACGGGGCGGGGCUUAGUGGUCUAUUCAUCUCCUCCACUCUGUUUCACACCGUGGCCUGGAAGAUCAGACACCUCCGUAGAGUGGAGCAGCGUUUCCACAUGUGUGACAGAAUGGCCAUCUACUUCUUCAUCGCUGCUUCCUACACCCCCUGGUUGAUGCUGAGGGAGUUGGGUCCGUGGUCGAGUCACAUGCGAUGGAUUAUCUGGAUCAUGGCAGUUAUCGGCUCCACAUACGUCUUCUACUUCCACGAGAGGUAUAAACUGUUGGAGUUACUAGGAUACGUGGUCAUGGGGGCGGGGCCUGCUCUUGUCAUCCUGUCCAUGGCGGACAGGGCAGGUUUGAGUGAGCUGGCGGUGGGUGGGAUUUUCUACAUAGUGGGUGUGGCCUUCUUUAAGAGCGAUGGAGUCGUCCCAUUCGCUCACGCCAUCUGGCACCUGUUCGUUGCCAUGGGAGCAGCUACACACUACUACGCUAUCUGGAGACACCUGUACACACCUGGACACUGAGACACACACCUACCGUGGUGCUAGCUAAACAUGGAUCUGGUCCUGUACACACCUGGACACUGAAACACACACCUACCGUGGUGCUAGCUAAACAGGGAUCUGGUCCUGUACACACCUGGACACUGAGACACACACCUACCGUGGUGCUAGCUAAACAGGGAUCUGGUCCUGUACACACCUGGACACUGAGACACACACCUA